CUGAGGAAUAUGAUACUCAGGCCAUGAAAUAUUUGUCAUAUUUGCUAUAUCCAUUGUGUAUUGGAGGUGCAAUUUAUUCUUUGUUGAAUAUCAAGUACAAAAGCUGGUAUUCAUGGUUAAUCAAUAGUUUUGUCAAUGGAGUAUAUGCUUUUGGAUUUCUAUUUAUGUUGCCACAACUUUUUGUAAAUUAUAAGAUGAAAUCUGUUGCACAUUUGCCAUGGAAAGCGUUCACUUACAAA